AUGAUACACCGGCGACGGAGGUGGGGGUGGCGGGGACUUGUAUCGGUAAGGGGGGUGCUUCACAUGGGUCGGUGGAGGCGGGGGGAGGUGCCAGGGAUGGUGGUGGCGGUGGCGGUGAGGCGGAGGUGGCGGGGACUUGUAGACAUAAUAAGGAGAGGCUGUGGCGAGGCACAGUAA